AUGGCACAAAAAGUUCGCAGGCCUAACGCUUGCCGAAGUAAUUUUCCGUUUGCCGAGGCUAAACAUCAAUCACCCCAUGCCUUCAGUGCCAAGACGCGGAAGGACAAUAAUCCGUACGGUACGAGAUUAGCGGCCGAAGGAGAAGAGCACGGUCGUCAAUGCAGAACACUUGUUCCCGACUUCUCGACCCGGCCUAUCAAAGCCCUGAGUCCCAUCUUUUCGGAAAAGUCGCUCCUUCUAGCUGACCCCUGGCAGGAUGGGAUGAAAGGGAAGAAGUUGGCCGCUAAGCCAUUCGAAGUACUCGAGUGGCUGAGCCGAGCUACUCUCGGCAUCAUCGUAAAGGCGGGCCUCGGUUACGAUAUCGAUUCCCUAGAGCAUCUCGAAACCCCCAUUAGAAUAGCAUAUCAGCUCAUGUUUUCGUUUGACUUUUGGUCCCAUGCCUUCAUUACCGACCAGGAUGAAUCGAGAUAUGGACCGUGCGUGCGACAUCGUAGUGGAACCCCCGUGCCUCAGGCAUUUUGGCAAGGGGCGAGGGGGUUUGCAGCUUGCUCAGUACGUAUGAACUCGGGCGCGACGACUCGACCGCCGUCCCGGAAGCAUUAG